AUGUUACGGACUGUGAAACCCAAAAAUGCGCGCUCCAAGCGUGCCCUCCAGGCUCGCGAGCCGAAGGAGGUAGAGGACCCUCGGGUCGCAAUCUUCGUCAAGGGGACACACGCCGGAGAGAAGGUUACGGCGGUUAUGAAGGAGCUGAUGGCUCUCAAACGCCCACAUGCGAUCUCGUUUUCAAAGAAGAACGCCGUCCGCCCGUUCGAGGACGCUACAUCGCUUGAAUUCUGGGCGCAGAAAAACGACGCAAGCUUGUUCGUUGUUGGGCAGAGCACGAAGAAACGGCCGGAUGGUCUGACGUUUGUGCGAAUGUAUGACCACCGGGUGUUGGACAUGUGCGAGGUCGGGGUGGAGGGGUGGAAGAGUAUGGCAGACUUCAGGACACCAAAAGCGACACCAGGUCACAAACCUCUGCUGCAUUUUGCUUCUGAGCUCUUCGACACGCAUCCGCGCUUCAUCCAGCUCAAGUCGAUGUUGAUGGACUUUUUCAACGGCGAAGUCAUCGACGCAAUACAUCUGGCUGGCCUCGAGCAUGUGAUCAGCAUCUCGCUCGGACCGACACCUCCCUCUCCGAACGCGGCGACGUCUACGCUACAGGCGACAGGCGCUCCGAAUGAAGAUUUAUUGUCGCUACCGAAGGUACACGUACGGUCGUACAUGAUACGGCUGCUUGCGUCCGGCACACGAGUGCCGCGGGUGGAGCUCACGCCGAUGGGCCCGUCACUUGAUCUUACGCUGCGUCGGCAUACGGACGCCGACCCUGAGAUGUGGAAGCGGGCCAUGAAACGACCGAAGCUGCGGAAGCAAGAUGUGGAAAAGGGAGUAGGGAAGAAGCGGAAAAACUUGGAUGUGGACGAGAUGGGCGACCUUCGUGGACGUAUACAUGUGGGCAAACAGGAUUUGGGGAAGCUGCAGACGCGGAAGAUGAAGGGGCUAAAACCUGGGCGGGAAGAGGCCGUUGGAGACGACGAGAACGAAGGAGAGUCGGGCAGGGACAGCGAAGGGGAGGAUGAGGGACGGAGUCGGAAGAAACGGAGGGCGGUGUAG